UGGAAUGUGGAAUCAGUCUUUCGCCAGUGCCGGACGGGGACGGAUCGUGAUCGUGACACCUCGAACACGGGUCGAAUGUUUUUGUGCGACGGAACGCUUUUCCAAACUCACCUUUCUACUUUCCUGGAUAGGCGCCUCGUGAGCGACUGAAUGUGACUCGUUUGAAAGAAGAACCAUAAACUAAUUGUUACGCUGGAUUAGGUUGGAUGAAAACGGAAUCGAAUCGUAAAAGAGGAGACGGUUUUUUCUUGCGUUGUGCAAGGCAAUCAAAGUUGAUGGGAAAAAAGUGAUCAAAACCGAAUUGAAUCAAACUAAUCGAAUCGAUUGCGGCAAACUUGUGACUGGUUUAUAACAGGGUAGCAAUUGAAAAAAAAAACUAAGAUCAGUUCAGAAGCCGUUCGAGAAGAGAGUUUUUUUUUGCGAACUACGAUGGAGUGCCUACCAGCUGGGUCAAAACAAAACAGUGAAGUUGUUUUACGGCCUGAUGGGCUGCUAAGUAUGAUUGAUUGAGCUUCAAACAGUUUUGCUUCUAAAAGCGAAGCGAUUGAUAAUAAUUGAACAGGUUGUAUUUUCUCACGCCGAAACCAUAAUUCGGCACUUGGUGCCAAGUGGAAUCAAUUGAAAAACGGUUUUGAAGUGGAUCAUCAUAACUAUUAGUGCUUGAUCGUAGUGAGUGGUGGUUCAAUUGUUCGACGAUUUAUCAGGAUUGCGCAAUUGUGUAAAUCGUCGUGUGAACUGAGCAACUGACCGGAAUCGGUCGACCUGCAAUGCAGUCACUAAAGUGUUGCACGGUAUUAAAAAUGAAAUAACCGUCCGAGUAGCAAUCGCAUUGAAAAAAUCAAACAGUGGUGCAAUCGGUGCAUGUUGUGCAAAGAUUUAAACUUGAACACAGUGUUCGAGGCCGUGCUUUGAGCUGUUAUGGAUGGAUACGGUUGUCUCGCCCAAUGCCAAUGAUUUUCAGGCAAGUUGAAGGAUUUGAUAUUCAGUGGUGUCAAGGAGUAUGAGCUUUUCGAAAAAGUGUAGGUGCUGAUUGCCAUCUACGUGCGUAACGGAGGCAGCCGCACGAGAUACAAACCGCUCGAUCAGCUGCUGGAACUGACCACACCACGCUUAUGAAACACGAAUUCCCCCCAUUAUCAUCGUCGCGUCAUCGGUCAUUCCGUGAUCGUUAAGCUCGGCCGCCGCAACUGUGGAACAAAUGCCUUCGUUUCCACCGGGAAAGCUUGAUUGGACCAAAUUAAGUCAUCAGCGCGCGCACAGGCGUUGCGGUUGACAGUUUACAGCAUAAUCUGGGUGUAACAGUUGAGUUGAUUGAAUCGCGGGAAAAUCGUAGAAUUUGUUUCAAACCUUAUUUGGGUCAUAUGUGUACAGGUGAAGUAAUGGUAAACGAGAAACGAGUGCAACGCAAUCUCACGACAAUUUUGUUUUCAAUUAAAUUCAAUAAGUGACCCGAUUCAGCACAUAUAGAUACCUAGAUAAAAUGUCAAAAACUCGUGUCGAAUUUGAAUAUUUCCAUAAAGUACACUAAUGUAUAUUAAUGAUACCAUUUGAAUCUUCGAAAGAGUUUACUAUUUGUUCUUCCACCGAUUAGAAACAGUUUUUGAAAAAGGUACGUUAAAAUAGACCAGUCUAAUAUGUGUUGCUUUUCGUUUACUUUUACUGAAGUGACCUAAUCCGUAAUCAUUCUUUCAAAUAUUUCUGAUCCAAUUGAAACAAAACGAUUACCGGCUUCCCAGCAACAAACCUUCCAUCCCAAACCGCAGAAGUGCAAUUGCUACAAUUGAUUUCACCGGAGAACGGUGCGGCGCUGCAGAGAGAAAGGAACUGCGCGCGAUGGUUGUGGCCACUGCUGGGGGCAACGAUCGUGACGGAGACCUUCACCUUAAUCCAUUGACAAUAAGCGCGAACGUCGUCGGUAGCAAGAAGAGUCCACCGGCGCUUUCGGUGGUGCAGCGUUUGCAUCAUCUCCGCCCGUGCAGUGGCUAGUGCUCUAGCUGCCCAAAUCUCGGAAAGUCCGUUAUCUUUCCGUCAUGGCUGACAGCCGCGAGCGAAUACGAGGGCCACCGCGCGAUGGUCGCGAAGGUUUUACCAGUCCGCGGCAGGUGCUCAGGCGGUUGAUGCUGCUGUCGGAGGGUCGCCAGUAUCGCGAAGCGGCUACCGUGGUGGGACGGCUUGGGCCGUCAGUGCUGCGCUCCGUUGUGGCGGAACUACCGAUGGACAUACUGAUCGAGGCGUUGCCUCACAGUACCUACCUGCUGGAGUCGUUCUUUAAUCGGUUGAACACCGUGAUUCCUAACCCAAAGCCCGACGUACCCAGCGAGGCAAUCAUGUGGCACCUUGUGAAGCUGUUUAGCAAUCCGCACGAAUCUGGCCUUCGGCAGCGAUGUACCAAGCUGGCUCAGGCCAUUGGCACCUGGCAGCCAUCGUUACGGGACGCAUUGAUGGCACGCCGCAAACAGCUAGAUCAAGCGAUCGAAGGUCUCGGUGUUCACGGAUUGACGGCCGAUCACAGCGGAUCGCUGAUCUCGCUGCACGUGGCACUGAAAAAUGAACUCCAGCGGCACAUCGACACCUACAAAACCGCCAUACACAAACUGGAGGAGCUUAGCACCGUGACGGUUAAUCCAGAUCCUGCCCAAUCCUCCCACCAGCGGUUGCUGGCCAUCAGCCACGGGGACAUCCAGCAGCGGUUAAUUGAUAACAAAACACUACUCACCAUGCUUGACAAACCGGCACUCAAACAGCUCAGCCAGCUGCUGGAAAACCUGACGCAGCGGGUCCAAAACGAUAAGGAGGCGCUGUUCUGCGUGGGACAGAUCCGGCGCAUCGAUACCUCAGCGAACACGGAGGAGAGACCUGCAGCUGGCCUGUUAAUGAACUACUCCCGCGGUUGCGAAGCCGUUCUGGGACUGAUGGGACCCUUAUCGGCACCGAGCAGCCCAACGAGCAACGGAUGCGGCAGCGGAAGCGAUGGUUACCACUCCGAUUCAGACACAGACGAAACUAAUUCCGAACUGGUGCGACAAUACGGUACGAUGUACAGCAAGAACCGAAUCGACACGUUGGAUUCGCUUAAUAGUUUACCGCAGCUGAAACACGCCCACCAGCUUAAAGCCAAGAUACUGUUCUCGAUUAUUGUGUUGGCAUUUCGCGCCUGCCAUGGCCUGAAGGAACGCAAAGUACUCGAAGUGCGCCGAACGUUGCACGUGCUGGAUGCGAACGACGACGCUACGGCCGCGCUGGACCGGGCCGUUCGGCAGAAUCUCAAAGACACCGCCGACCGGUUUCCGAUGGGCGACGUCGAGCGACAGGUUGCCAAUCAGGUGCUGUCAACGCUGCAUGAGUAUCCUUGCCUGGAGGCUUGCAUCCCGUUGAUCCACUACAUCAGCGACUGUGUGCGGCUGGCUUGGAAGAUGACCAACCAAACGGUGCCCUACUACCUGGAUACGGAUUUUACAUUGGGCCUUCUCCAACCGGAGAAACACGAACGCUAUCCCAUCUCGGAGAAGCGGUCCGACAUCAUCCGGGCGUUCCUGUGGCCAGCUUUAGUUCAGAACGGGCGUUGCGUGUACAAGGCCGUAGUCGCUACGUAACCCAACACAUUACCAGAACUCAACCAGCAUUUGCUCAAAGCUUUUUUUCCAAUCGAAUUAAACAAGAGAACUCAUAGAAAGGCAUUUGUUAUAAUGUAGACAUUUAUUUGCUGCAACCAAUUAAUCGAAUCAAGAGGUAUUGUUCCAAAUAAUAGCUAAUUAGGUAAUCCAUAAAGCUGAUUUUAAUUACAUACGCACUCUGAGUAUCCAUUAUCGGGUUAUGACAGAUCAUGUACAUAUAGUUGUUAAGAAAAUAUGGAAUAAAGUUUAAGUAUUUUCACCACGAAUAAAUUGGAACACUAUCAGUUUCGAA